AUGCAAAACAAUAACAAUAUAAGCAACAGUAAUACAGCAAAUUUUAACAGCAGUCUCAUGAACAUCGGCACACCUUCUACUCCCGCAAUUGCAAGCAAUAGUAGCAAACCACAUUUCGGUUUGAUGUCAAACCCUCCUCCACCCUCUUCAGGAUCGUUAUCAUCAGCAUCGAUGGGCAACCUUGCCUCCACGCCUGUCGCUGCCGCCAAUGCAUCGACGAACAGUGCGGGAUCGAUGCUACUUGCCAACAAUAAUCAUGGCUCGAACCCGACGACGGUUGCGGCUGCGGUUGCAGCUGCUGCUGUAGCGGCAAAGAUGAACGGUAACGCUAUCCACCAGCAACAUCGACUGUCGGCGGCAACACCCGUGCCAUCGUCGCCCUCUCUAAUAACAUGCCACCCAAACGGCAUCGGUGGUGGAAGUACUGUCCUUUUGAGUGGCGGGUGUGCCGGUGCUUCCAGCAAUAACCAGUCCGCUGUGUACCAAUCACAUUCGCCUUUGUCGCAACUAUCAGCAGCGAAAGCUAUUGCUGCAGCGGUAGCAGCCGCAGCAGCAACGGUUGCCCAGCAACAACAGACUCAUUAUCGCCAGCAGCAGUUACAUCCACUGUCGACAUCGCUAACAGCAACUUCGCCGCAGUUGGCAUUGCCAUCGAAGAGUUCGUCAAUUUACAUUAAACAUAAGAGUAUCCCUAUCGGAGAUGAUAAUCAUUCUUCUGGGUCUAUGCGAACAUUGACUGGUUCCUCACAAAAGCAAUCAUCAGUUACGAGCAAUACCCCGAACGUGGCUUUGGGCACCGGCACCGGUACCAGUGUCAGCAGCGGCACCAUUCCAUCGAUCUUGGGAUCGUUUACCGGGGGAGAAUGCAACGAUACUGUACGGACGCUAGUGGCGACAGUGGGGGCGACAAGUAUGAUCGCCACACUAGCGUCGCCUGUGCCGUCGAAAAUGCUGCUCACAACGUCGUCCUCUGGUAGUCAUAGUAAUAUAAGCAUCGGUAGUACUGUUAAUCAUGUCCACCGGUUUAUUACCGGUGGUCUGUCUCCGUCCUCAUCGUCUUCAACGGCGACUGGUGUUGGUACUUUUACUCCGUCGUCGUCGUCGUCGUCGACGGUUGUAAACCCGAUGGACAGCCACACGCAAAGCAAUGCAUUCAAUAUCAGCAACAAAAGCGGUAGUCAAAACGUCGAGCUUUCCAGCACGAGUCCGGAAGUUGGUGCUUCAAAUAAUAUUGCAAAAGGUGAACCAUACGAGGUGCAGAAAGAUCUAUCAUCGGCAUUGGAUGUCAAUGCUUUAUACAAUGAAGGAGCCAUGGUGCAGAGUGGAUCAGCAUCAGAGGAAUACGUUGAAAAUAGCAUAAGCUGUAGCAUUAAUAAUAUUCAUCGGAAGUGUAACACUCUCAAGCACAAGGUGACCGACAAUGACGACGACGGCGGUGACGAACCGGCAACAAAAAGGCGAGUACCGGGAGGGGUAUGUGAAGCGAACGACUAUUCCAACGCGAAUAUGACUGAAACGGGCGAACUUAUGAGUGAAGCGAACGGCAACGAAUCGGGCGGAAUCGAUGGAAAGGAUGCUGCCAUUAUCAGAACGUUUGCCGCGAAUGGGAUUGCCGCUGGUGGACAAAGUCCACGUUCAACAACACCGCUGGAAAGGUGCAAGAUUCCUCUUUGAACGAGCGAUUGAGUCGGGAGUGUUUUUGUAAGGUUUGUACAACGCCAAGUAGGGCACAUUAUUCCGGCGCACUGUACUAGGUAGAAUGCUAACAAAUGAGAGGUGUGAGAUACACUACAAUUUACCUGUUCUCUCCAUCCGGAAGGGAUUCAUUUUUCUAACAUUGAUCAAAGCGCGUUUGAAGCGGUAAAGCGAGGCGCCUUCCAAGCAAACGGAUUAAUUUGACGAUGGUUCACCAUAACAAAAAAGUGAAUCAUUAUAUGAUCAUGGGAAACCGCAUCAAACCAAGCCAAACAUAUGUUUUUCGGACUUAUCAAACAUAUGUUCUUCUGACUUAUCAUUAAUAUCGCCUCAUUUUGACCCAUCACUCAAGCGGCAUCUCCUUUUUCUGGCCUUCAUCUGGUAACCGAAUUUUGAACGCCCCGUAGGAGUAACGAAAUUGUGUGCGAAACAUUCGAAGAAAACCUGUUUUGAAGACAUCGUUCUCGGCGAACUUGUGGCAGGAAGUGUACAUACUAUUACUCAAAAGGAUACCAACAGCCACUGCAGAAGAAUGUUUCCUGUGCGCAGUCUUCAUCGGUCAUCGGCCAAAUUUGCAUAACUUUAAAAAAAAACAAAAAAAAAGGACAAACACACCUCUCAGGGUUCGCAAUACGUCUCUUCCUUACGUGCAAA